AUGAAUUGUAGUUAUAAAUAGAAAUAAGAUUUGCAUGAGCAUCUAGCUUCAUCUAACCAUAUUGAUGAUUAACUAUAUAAUGUGAUAAUUGAAAUGUUUAGAAAAGAAAAUAUUUCUGAUUGCCAAAAAUCUCUUUCGAAAGAUGAUGCUCAAAAGCAUAUAUAAUAAUACAUCAUAGAAGAAUUAAAUUAUUCGUUUGUUGAUAAGUAAUAGAAGUUAAAAGAUGUAACAAAUAACAUUACAAAAAUUACUAAUAUUAUAAAAAGUAUUUAUGAACAUGACUUUAAUAAAAAUGACUAUUCCACAAAAAUAUACUUGGAAAGGAGACAAGAACUCAUUCAAAAUAUAUCCAAAAACAAAAAAAUUAUCUAAUUUUUAAAAUUUCUAGUUUCUCUCACAUCUAUAGAUGAAAAAUUUAUAUAAAGUGGAUCAAACUCACUGAACUUAUUAGUUGAAAUGAAAGUUGAUCUAUCAAAACAAAGCUUUAUAAAUAUUAGAAUUAAAAAUACUUCUAUAGUUGGAGCAAAUUUAAUAAGAAGCAAUUUGAGUGGGUCUGAAUUAGACAAUGUUGAUAUAAGCGGAAUAAAUUUAAAUGGGGCUUUACUAUUAAACUGCAAAUGGAAGAACAUAAGGAUUAAUGAAUUUCAUCAUUUAAAUGGUCAUAGUAGUUAUGUCAAAUCAGUAUGCUUUUCUCCUAAUGGUAAAAUAUUAGCAUCUGGAAGUAAUGAUAAUUCGAUUCGUUUAUGGGAUUUUAAGACAGGACAGUAAAUAUCGUAAUUAGAUGGUCACAGUCAGGGAGUACUUUCAUUAUGCUUCUCUCCUGAUGGUAUUUCAUUAGCAUCUAGUAGUGAUGAUAAGUCUAUCUGUUUAUGGAAUGUUAAGACAGGAUAAUAAAAGAUAAAAUUUGAGGGUAAUUGUAAUACUGUCUAUUCAAUAUGCUUCUCUCCUGAUGGUACCACAUUAGCGUCUGGUAGUGAUGAUAAGUCUAUCAUUUUAUGGGAUGUUAAGACAGGACAAUUAAAAUAGUAACUUUAUGGCCAUAGUUAUGGAGUCCUAUCAGUAUGCUUUUCUCCUAAUGGAACCACAUUAGCAUCUGGUGGUGAUGAUAAGUCUAUCUGUUUAUGGGAUGUUAAGACAGGACAAUUAAAACAUAAAUUAGAAGGUCAUAGUUUUGGAGUCCUUUCAGUAUGCUUUUCUCCUGAUGGUAAAACAUUAGCAUCUGGAAGUAACGAUAAUUCGAUUCGUUUAUGGAAUGUGAAGACAGGACAAUAAAUAUCGUAAUUAGAUGGUCAUAGUCAGGGAGUACUUUCAUUAUGCUUCUCUCCUGAUGGUAUUUCAUUAGCAUCUGGUAGUGUAGAUAAGUCUAUUUAUUUAUGGGAUGUUGUGACAUAACAAUAAAAAUCUCAGUUAAUAGGUCAUGGUGAUAGUGUAAAUUCAGUAUGUUUCUCUCCUGACGGUAGUACAUUAGCCUCUGGUAGUUCAGAUAAGUCCAUCUAUUUAUGGGAUGUUUUAACAGGAUAAUACAAUACUCAGUUGAUAGGUCACGGUGAUAGUGUUAAUUCGGUGUGUUACUCUCCUGACGGUACUACAUUAGCCUCUAGUAGUGGUGAUUAGGUUAUUUGUUUAUGGGACGUCAAGACUGGCUAAUAAAAAUCGAUAUUUAUGGGUCAUGGUGAUAGUGUCAAUUCAGUUUGCUUCUCUCCUGAUAGUAAUACAUUAGCAUCUGGUAGUUCGGAUAAGUCUAUCUGUAUAUGGGAUGUCACGACAGGAAAAUUAAAAUUGGAAUUAUAUGGUCAUAUUUCUGGAGUGCUAUCAGUAUGCUUCUCUCCUGAUGGUACUACAUUAGCAUCUGCCAGUUUUGAUAAGUCUAUCUGUUUAUGGGAUGUAAAGACAGGACAAUUAAAAUCUAAAUUAAUAGGUCAUGGUGAAAGUGUGAAUUAAGUAUGCUUCUCUCCUGACGGUAUAACAUUAGCAACUGGAAGGUAUGAUAAUUCUAUCCGUUUGUGGAAUGUAAAAACAAGAAAAAAACAUUCUAAAUUUGAUGGUCAUAGUCAUGGAGUACUAUCAGUGUGCUUUUCUCCUGAUGGAACCACAUUAGCAUCUGGCAGUGAGGAUAACUCUAUCUGCUUGUGGGAUGUUAAGACAGGAAAAAAAAAUAUUUAAUUUGAAGGUCAUAGUCAUGAAGUCUUAACAGUAUGUUUUUCUCGUGAUGGAACCACGUUAGCAUCUGGUAGUGUGGAUAAUUCUAUCCGUUUAUGGGAUGUUAAGACAGGAUAAUAAAAAUCUACAUUAGAAGGUCAUAGUAAUACUGUCCGAUCAGUGUGCUUUUCUCCUGACAGUACUAAAUUAGUAUCUGGUAGUCAAGAUAAUUCAAUUCGUUUAUGGGAUGUUUAGAAUUUACAAUACUAAACUAGAUUGGAUGGACAGAGUUUUUUUAUUGAACCACCAUAUAAUUUAUCUGAAGCCGCCCUAUCAGCAUUUGAUAUUAAUUAUAUGAAUAUUAAUGUAGGACAAUAAAUUUCCGUCGAUUAAAUAUAUAAAGAUAUUCCUAGUACUUUUUCAUAAAGGGGUAUUAUAUUAUAUAUGAUUUUAGUAGACAAUUAUAUUACAAUUUUACUGAUUUCUUAAAAGCCAAUAUUUUAAGCAAAAGGUGCCUUAAUUUUCAAAGGAGAAUUUAUUAAUAAAGCAGGAAUUGAUUUAAGAUAACUAUUGAAAUAAAGAGGAAGUUAUAUUUUGGAAAGCUAAAUAGAAUUUUAAUAAAAGUAAAAUUGA